AUGUCGGUGGUGCCCGGGCGACUGGGCCGCCGGCGGCGGCGUCCCAAUCGCCGGCCGUCUGGGGCCCAUUUCCUCCCGCUGCUCGGGGUCCUGCUGCUGCUGGUGUCGUUGUUGGCCCCCGGGUGGGCUUCGGUCGAUGUGUCGCCCCAGCCGCCGGCUCCGGCCCGGGGGAGCCCUGGCUCCGAGUCGCCGGCUUCCAGUGGCGCUGCCCUGGCCGUGAGCGCCAUGGCCAAUGGCGACGCCCCGGAAAGCCUGCCGGAGCCGGCGUUUGAUCCGUUCUCCUUCCUGGUGAAGUAUCGCCAGCGCUAUGCGCCGGGGUUCCAGCCAGCCGAUGUCCUCCGCCGACCGGAUCAAUUUGGCCGGUAUGUGCGGUUCCGGUCGGCCCCGCCGGCGCGCAGCCGGCAGCCGGCCAACAGCAUGCCGGCGCUGGAGUAUGCCACGCGCGAGCGUCUCUUCCCGGCGGGGUUGCGGGAUUUCGUACAGGAUCUCCUGCAUGAGCAUGUUCCCCAGUGGCCCGGCAGGCCGGCGGGCGAUCCGGCAUCCACGGACGCCACCUCGGGCCUGGCGGCCGCGCGGCUGGCCCCGGCCGAGGGGGUUCCGCCACAGCCGGGGCCUGCUCCCGGGGCCACGGUCGCCGGGGCGGGGACCAUCUUCCCGCCAAACAUCACGGCCAUCAUCCAGGCGGACUGGCACGCGCCGGCGAGCCUGGUCGAUCGGUCGGUCCUGUUCACCUCCAAGCCCAGCGAUCAUCCGAUCAAUGCCACCAACCCGGAUAUCCUGGCCGGGUGGCCCUUCACCGGGGGGUGGAUGGCUCCGCUGAACUUGACCCAGCCUUUGGUGCCUGGCCGGGGUCCGGGCGAGGAGCCGGCCCCGGUGCCGAGUCCGUCGGCGGGACCGGGCGAGACGGGCGCCGUCCCGCCGAGCCCCGGGGCCGGGGCCGGGGCCGGGGCCGGGGCCGGCCCUCCGCGCUUGCGCGGCUCUCAUCCAAGCACCUGGGCCUUCCGCAAUGGGACCAUGGUCCUGUCGCUGGAGACGCGGCACCCGGAUGACUGGGCCAGCGACCGGACCAGUGACCGGGCCUUCGUCAAGGGUACCCUCCGCAUGCAGGACACCGUGCGCUUGCGGGUGGCCACUCCGACGGUCCCCAUGUUCGGGGUCCACUGGCCGAAGCUCGGGGUGGCCUUGCUGGGGUCCAGCUUCUCGAGCCCCGUGCUGUCGGACCACUCGGCCGCCGACUUGCUCCACUUGCUGGCCCCGAGUGCCGGCCUCGCGGCCGACAUCCUGAGCACCUUCAACUCGACGCUGCAGCCCAAGCAUGAAUUUGAUCCAUCCUGGGAUGUGACCCGUGAGCUCCGGAACUUCGAGUUCGCCGACCGCGGCGAGUGGCAGCAGAACCCCUCGUACUUUGUGCUGCUGCUCUUCCAGCCGGUCUCCCUGCCGGCCGGGGUGACGCCAGCCGACGUGGCGGCCUACGAGCGGGCCCUGGCCAAUCCGACCGGCCGAUCGGCCAGCCUGCCGAAUGACGUGACCGCGGGCAUGCUCAAUGCCCGGAUGAUAGUCCUCUCGCCGGACCGGGCGCUGGUUAGUCUGCCGGCCCCGGCGCUGGCCGUGUCAUCCUCACAUGGCCGCCGACAGCCGGUCUUCCACCAGCACGCGCGCACAUAUGCCCUGGUGUUGUUGGUUUGCUCGCUGGUGGAAUACUUCGUCACCGCUCGGCAGAUGGAGGCCCUACAGACCCAGGCCCGGCUGUCGCGCGUGUCUCCCUUCAUGAUUUGGCUGCAGGCGGCGCUGGACAUCUCCAUCUGCUUCCGCCAUAUCUCGGCAUAUCCGUCGGUUGACUCGAGCAUGCUCCUUUUCGCGCUUGUCACCUUCGUCAAGCUGUGCCAGUUCCUUUUCUUCGGCGUGCUAUUCAUGCAGAUGACCUGGACUGCGGGCAUGCUGCAGCACCCGGGGGCGCCUGGCCUCAACGAUCCCCAAGUUCGACGCGAGUCCUGGAACUACAUGUUCACAAACUUCUACAUGUUUGCGGCCUUCAGUCUCUUCUUCUACUACAGCUCGGCCGAGGUCUUCGGUCUGAUCUACGCUCUUGUCUUCCAUUCCUUCCUCUUCCCUCAGAUAUUCAUGAACUUCACGCGCGGCUUGCGCAGGCCGCUGACGCCCGCAUACAUGAUUCUGGUCCCGCUGUCGCGCAUGGUCCUGCCUCUGUACAUGUGGCUGAUCGCUGUCAUCCUGGUUCAGCAUUACGUCGGGCCGCGCUUCUUCUGGCCGGCCGUGCUGCAACGGAACACCAUCAAGACAUACGAGUAUUUGCAACCGCCCAUGGACGAGGAGGCAGCCGGCCCAGGCGGCGGGGCGCAAGUCGAGUGCGGCAUCUGCUUGGAGUCGAUGGACUUGCGCAAAGAGCCGCACAUGCUCACCCCUUGCAACCAUAUCUUCCACCAGGCGUGUCUGGAGCAGUGGCUGGACAUCAAGCUUGUCUGUCCCGUCUGCCGAGCAGUGCUACCGGACCCCUGA